AUGUCUACCGAUGAAACGAAACAACCAACGGGCAUGCAUGUCGGUGACGAAGGCGCGAGUGUAGUGAGCCAAGAAUAUAGAAUGGAUGCUGUUUCAUUCCCGCGCUUGAAUCCGCCGAAUAUGACAGAUAGUAACAUCGAGUCGUAUUUCAUGUCCCUCGAGUUCUGGUUCGCUGCGACGGGUAUCGGACAUGACACGAAGAAAUACCACAUCGUCAUGGCCCAGGUACCGCCCGAGAAACUGAACGAACUGCGUUCCAUCAUAGAUGCCACACCCUCGUCCGACAAAUAUCCCUAUAUAAAAGCGAGGUUAAUAGCACAUUUUGCAGAUAGCCAGCAAAAACGUCUGCAAAAAGUUUUGUCCGACAUGCCACUCGGUGACAUGAAACCCAGCCACUUAUUCAAUGAGAUGCGUAGAGUCGCUGGUGCUGCGUUAUGCGAAACUAUUUUGUUGGAUUUAUGGGCCGCUAGACUACCACCGCACGCCCAAGCCGCCGUUAUCGCAUCACAAGGAAAUGCGAGCGAAAAAAAUCGCAUUGCGGAUGCAAUCGUCGAAUCGAUGAACCUUCGAACCAUAACCUCCAUCGAAACGCCGAACCCGAGAUCUACACAAGCCGAACCAUCAACAACUUCUGGCAUCGAGGCUUUGCAAAUAGAAAUUGCACAGCUUACAAAGCGAUUUGAUAGAGCUUUUUCUGCUAGGAACCGAUCCCGCUCCCGUAGUAGAUACGACUACUCAUCUCGUGAAACACCAACCGUUGACGGUCCAUGCUGGUAUCAUCGAACUUUCGGGCGCGAGGCCCGAACGUGCCGAAAACCUUGUAACUUCCACCUCACCACAUCAUCGACUUCGUCCCGUCAAUGA